UCAUGCUGCUGCCAGGUCCAGAGUGUCUCAUGGGUCCCUGUACGGCCUCCCAUUGCUGCUGUCUCCAUCGCCACACUCUGCCAUGUGCCACUUUCAGGUCUCCUCACACUGCUGGUGGGUUCCAUUUUGUCAUAGGGUGCUGGCAGAUUACGGGCCUCCCAUUGCUGCUGCCAGGCCCGUAAUCUGCCAUGGGCCCCCGUACCGCCUCCUCAUGCUGCUGCCAGGUCCAGAGUGUUCAUGGGUCCAUGUACGGCCUCCCAUUGCUGCUGUCUCCAUCGCCACACUCUGCCAUGUGCCA